AUGGUUAAUUAUUACGAAGUCCUAGGUCUGAACCAAAAUGCCUCGCAAGAAGACAUUAAACGGGCCUACCGUAAACUUGCAUUAAAGUGGCACCCCGACAAGAAUCCUUAUAACAAGGAGGAUGCAGAAAAGAAAUUCAAAGCUGUAGCUGAGGCCUAUGAAGUUCUGUCAGAUCCCCAGAAACGUUCUCUCUAUGACCGACCUGUCAAAGAGCCAAGGUUCAGAGGGAGAGGAGCCUCGGGCACUUUUCCUCACAGCCCCUUUGAUUUUGACUUUGUCUUCCGCAGCCCUGAGGAGAUCUUCCGAGAGUUUUUUGGAGGAAUGGACAUCUUUGCACAUGACUCCUGGGACAACGAGUUUGAUGAUGAUAAUCGUGGAGAGGAAAACCGGACUGGGUUGCAAAGUCCUUUUGGCCUCUUUUCUGGACUAGGUGCCUUUUCCAAUUUUGCAUUUAAUUCCCUGGGGCCCGGUGUGCACACUAUGUUCUCCUGCAGGUCCUUUGGUGACGAUAGCAGUGGAGCACAGAAUUUCAGAUCUGUAGCGACUUCUACAGAAGUCGUCAAUGGACGGAGAAUCACCACUCGAAAAAUUGUCGAGAACGGGCAAGAAAGAGUUGAAAUUGAGGAGGAUGGUCAACUGAAGUCCAUAAGAGUAAAUGGAAGAGAACAGUUGAAAUGCUAAUAAUUCUCCACAUGUCUGUCCAAAAAGCAAUAGUCAGCUGCUUGUACAAUCUUAAAAGGACUCUUGUUCCGUAAAAGUGGAAACCAACUAAUAAACUCGUUCACUGAG